AUGAUGAGCGUCGAAAGUUGCACACUAACUGCUACUUCACUAUUAGAAGAAGUGCAGACAGUUUAAAGAGCCAUUAUGCUUUAUUCCAUCAUACCCCAAAGCCAAAAAAUGGUGAAUCUUUGGCUCCCUCGGAGAUGAUGGAAAGACUAUUUAAAGUCCAAGUAUGGAUUCUUUGCAUUUGUUUGAGGAUAUGGGAAAUCACUAACUACUGAUUAGCUGUUGGAAAAACUAUUUAAAGCCCAAGUAUGGAUUCUUUGCAUACGUUGAGGAUAUGGGAAAUCACGAACUCUUGAUUUUGGUAAUCUCAAAAUGCAAACCUGUUAAAAGAUACGAGUACUUGUAAACUAGUCCAUACCCUUCAUAUCAAGGCUCGGUCAUCUCUUCAAAGUUGUCAGUUACUAUCUAUGCAUCCCUAAAUGCAAUCUCUCUUGUAGUUUUGAGCGAGCUUCAGGAGUGUUUUGAAGAUCUAUGGAAGGAUCAUCAGCUUAUUUUUAGGUUACCUAAACCUCAGUCAAGCUUCCCUUAUUAGCACUAACACCAUCCAUUCUACCCAUGUCAUCCAGUAAAUGAUUCUUCUUACAAAAUCAUUUGAGAGCAAAAAGCACACAUCUUAUGGUUCUACACUAUUCUGGGAAAAUAUUUGAUGCCACUGGGUAAUACUCCCUCUGUCCUACAAAAAGGUUCCACAAUGGAAUUGGCACAGUUAUUAAGAAAAGUAAUAUUGUGUGGUUGAAAGUGGUGCAGAUGAGAGAGAAGGAGAUAAUAUGAGCCACAGAAAGUUUUCCAUACAUGGAAAGUUGAACUUUUUUUGGGACAAACAAAAAAUAAAAUGUUUAUGGGACAGAUGGAGUAUAUUAGUAUAAUAUAAAGUUUACUUAUUGUGUUUGAGAGCAUCAGAAAUUUAUGUCGUUCUAAUGUAAUCCCGUGUUUUGAAUGAGUUUUAGCAACUAAAAAUGGAAGGGCUUCAUUAUAUUACUUGGCAUAAAGUUUAGGACUUACCUACAUAACAAUAUAGGUAUAUAAAGUAUAAACUGGAGAAUACUUUACGAAAUUUGACUUGGACCAUUAGUGAUGUGCGAUGCAUGAAGAAUGUAUCCUCUUUCUCUUUCUCAUACAUUCAUGGGUAUAAUUCUUGAUCCCACCUAUGAGUCUAUACACCAGAGCUACAUCUUUCUUUCUUGUCCCUAUAUUAUAUUGCAGAGCAGUAUAUAAAUGAAAUUAAGAAUAAUAUUGACUCACAUCAGGGACAAAUACAAGUUCCUAUAUAACAGUUCCAUGCUUCUUGUUUUGAUUUACCUCAACUGUGUAUGUUUUCCUAUAUGAUGUUACUUUUCCAAGCCACCUUUAUUUACAGGUAACCCUUUCUGUAGUGACAACUGCUGCUGGAGUUAUUGUUGCAGCAUUGGGAGACUUUUCUUUUGAUCUGUUCGGAUAUAGCAUGGCAUUUAUUUCUGUUUUCUUUCAGACCAUGUACCUUGUUUUAGUGGAAAGGUCAGGAGCAGAGGAUGGGCUUUCAUCAAUAGAGAUUAUGUUCUAUAAUAGCUUUUUGUCUUUACCAUUUCUAUUAUUCCUUAUCAUAGCCACGGGAGAGUUUCCAAAUUCUUUGUCAAUAUUAUUUGCAAAGAGUACUUCGGUAUAUUUCUUUGUGAUUCUUCUACUUUCACUUGUGAUGGGCAUAGUCUUGAACUACACAAUGUUUUUAUGCACCAUAGUCAACUCCGCCUUAACUACAACAAUUGUUGGAGUGCUCAAGGGGGUUGGAUCCACGACCCUAGGCUUUGUGGUGCUAGGAGGAGUUCAAGUGCACGCGUUAAACGUCUUUGGGCUGGUGAUCAACACAGCCGGUGGCGUGUGGUACUCGUGUGCAAAAUAUCAACAAAAGAACAGGUUGCCCAAGUUGAUGACCGAUGUCGAAGCACAUAGUAAGUAAUGCCAUUGCCACCAACUUGAUUCCAAAGAAAAGAUUAGAACCUGAAACAAGGUUGUUUUUUUCUGUUCCUGGGCGGCGUUUGUGCUACAUUGUUUGUUGGUUUGAUACAAUUGGUGUAACGUAGCUUAGGAAGAGUUUAUAGUUUGUUUUCGCUUUCCUCACGUUGGGUAUAGUACCGAUACAUGAUGGGUUUAUAUGAACUAAGAAUAUUUGAAGAUUAUUUAAUUUUAUACAGGUUGGAGGUCUAUUUUGG